AUGGAGACAACUGAUGAUCCUAACACUCAAGACAAUAAUCAAAUUGAUUCUGACAUGCCAUCAUCAUCAACAAACAGUGACGGGAACGGAAAUCAAAUUUCUAAAAAUCAGCAACCAUUGACACUUUCUCCUUUGAUAGCUCUUAUUCUUCUUCAAAUAAAUAAAGUUCCAUCUGGACGACAACUUUUUUCUGAAAUGGGUAAAUUUUACUUUACCAUUGUAUACUUCAUUAACACAAAUUUAUUAGGUGGACAUGCUUUCAUUUCGGAGCAACUUCAGCAGAGCAUCCGUGCUUUUGCUGAAAUGUCAAGUUCAGCGUGGCCACAAGGCAGUGCUGCUUUUACUGAUGUUCAGCGACAAUUGCGAAUGAUUGCAUCUCAAAUUAGUGGAACUGUUAUUUCUCAACAACAUCGACAAAAGAGCCAAUUGUUGGAUGGAAAUAGAAUAGUUUGUGGCUCUGGACCGUAUCAAAAUACUAAUGUGAAUAAUCCAAGUACGACUCUUGAUAAACCUGCUGCCUCCUCUACUUUUCAUCAAAAUUCGUGGCUUGCAUCUCAAGCCACAAAUCAACAACAACCGCUUGGAACCGCACAAUUUGGCGGAGCUGGAAUUUAUAAAAAUGUUACGUUUGGAAAUACAAAUGGAGGUGUAAAUACAACAGGAACAGCGAAAAAGCAGAUUGCAUCGAAAUGUAUUGGUUCUAGUGGUUUGGGAGCUCCCGAACAACGCGAGCCGCAGAUUUACAAUUAUGCUCCAAAUUGUUCAAUUCAUUCUUCUUCUGCAAUGGCAAAUCAUCUCCAACAGCUUGUUGCCGCAGGAACAACUCAUAGGCGUUCACGUAACCCUAACUGGACUUAUCAUUUUCCAAUUUAUCAGCAAUGGUUGGAUCUUGUUUUAACUUUGCCUUAUCCAAUUAUGCUUAAUGAAAUUGUUAUCAAACCACAUGCUUCUUCACUUGCUUCUGCACCUUCUGCCGUGCAAGCCGAACUUUCUUCUGAUCCUAUUGGUAUUGAUUGGGUUGCUGUACGUUCUCCAAUUCAAACUUUGGGGUGUUCUAGAAUUACUGUUCCAACUACAAAUUACAAAAGCCCUGUUAAAGCGAGUUCGAACUUUUCAAAAUGCCGGGCCCGGGACCCGGUUUUUUUUUCUCAAAAUCGCACCCGGACCGGUUUUUCCGGAUAA